GGUGCAUCAUCGUAUUUCAUAUGUGUACAAUACCAACUGUCCAACUUCGAAUUCAUCUGAUCCUUUACAGUGCAUCUCUGGUUGUAAUGGAAGUGUCAGCAUGAUAGGGCAGUGUACGGACUAUAACGCAACUGAAAACUGGGCAGAUAGUGAAGGAGAUACAAAGUUUACAUUUACGUCAUCUACAACAUCACUUUUGAUAGGAUUUGCUAGUGCUGCUUGGAUUUCCUUAGUCCAUGGUGGAGGCUCAUGGUCCUUACAGAUGACGGUUGAUCUAUCCACGCGUAGUGAUACAGGAAAAAUUAACCAAUCGCCUGUCUCAUCAAUAGCCUCAUCUGUCAAAAUUCUAAAUUCAUGUUCCUCACAACAAAUUAUAAUUCCAGUGGCAGACUAUGACGGAGAUGACGUACGUUGUCGAUUUGCCAGUUCUUCGGCAGAAUGCUCUGGUAUAUGUAGUGUACCCUCCAACUUUUCAUUGCAUGAACAGACAUGCAAUUUAACGUACACCGGAGUCGCUGUUAAUGGAGAUUAUGCCAUUGCAAUACAGAUAGAAGAUUUCAUAAACCCAUCCUCAAGUAUCGCCCUUAGCAGUGUUCCUUUACAAUUCAUCGUAAGCGUUGGUUCAACUGGCUCAUGUUCUAGCAAACCAACCUUUACAUCUCCUACCCCUGGAGAGGGGUCAACAUUACAAGUUUUAAAUGGCUCCCUGGAGUUAAAAGUACGAGUCAGGAAUCCGUAUACUUCGGAAUGGAUCAACAAAUUUCAUAUCUUGUCACGACUGAAUCUUGUGAUGUCUGCUAUUUCACAACCAGCGCUUUACGAGUAUGAAGUAACACUUUCAUUUACGCCAACUCAUGUAGAUCAGUUUGGAGAAUAUAUCUCAUGUUUCUCAGCGGAAACAAACAAUAGAAUUUCGUCUGAUUCACGGUGCAUAACAGUUAAUCUUACAGAUAUUGAUGAAUGUGCUGAAAAUCCGUGUCAAAACAAUGGAACGUGUGUGGACCUCAUCAAUGAUUACAAUUGCAGUUGUGAGGCAGGAUUUAAUGGAACAAACUGCGAGGAGAAUAUUGAUGAAUGUUCUGAUAGUCCUUGUCAGAACAAUGGAACGUGUGUGGACCUCAUCAAUGGUUAUGAGUGUAACUGUGUUCCUGGAUUUAAUGGAACCAAUUGCGAAGAGGAUAUUGAUGAAUGUGCUGAAAAUCCGUGUCAAAACAAUGGAACGUGUGUGGACCUCAUCAAUGAUUACAAUUGCAGUUGUGAGGCAGGAUUUAAUGGAACAAACUGCGAGGAGAAUAUUGAUGAAUGUUCUGAUAGUCCUUGUCAGAACAAUGGAACGUGUGUGGACCUCAUCAAUGGUUAUGAGUGUAACUGUGUUCCUGGAUUUAAUGGAACCAAUUGCGAAGAGGAUAUUGAUGAAUGUGCUGAAAAUCCAUGUCAGAACAAUGGAACAUGCCUUGAUCUGAUCAAUGAUUACCAGUGUAACUGUGUUGCAGGAUUCAAUGACACUAAUUGUACAAACAAUAUUGAUGAAUGUGCUGAAAAUCCGUGUCAAAACAAUGGAACGUGUGUGGACCUCAUCAAUGAUUACAAUUGCAGUUGUGAGGCAGGAUUUAAUGGAACAAACUGCGAGGAGAAUAUUGAUGAAUGUUCUGAUAGUCCUUGUCAGAACAAUGGAACGUGUGUGGACCUCAUCAAUGGUUAUGAGUGUAACUGUGUUCCUGGAUUUAAUGGAACCAAUUGCGAAGAGGAUAUUGAUGAAUGUGCUGAAAAUCCGUGUCAAAACAAUGGAACGUGUGUGGACCUCAUCAAUGAUUACAAUUGCAGUUGUGAGGCAGGAUUUAAUGGAACAAACUGCGAGGAGAAUAUUGAUGAAUGUUCUGAUAGUCCUUGUCAGAACAAUGGAACGUGUGUGGACCUCAUCAAUGGUUAUGAGUGUAACUGUGUUCCUGGAUUUAAUGGAACCAAUUGCGAAGAGGAUAUUGAUGAAUGUGCUGAAAAUCCGUGUCAAAACAAUGGAACGUGUGUGGACCUCAUCAAUGAUUACAAUUGCAGUUGUGAGGCAGGAUUUAAUGGAACAAACUGCGAGGAGAAUAUUGAUGAAUGUUCUGAUAGUCCUUGUCAGAACAAUGGAACGUGUGUGGACCUCAUCAAUGGUUAUGAGUGUAACUGUGUUCCUGGAUUUAAUGGAACCAAUUGCGAAGAGGAUAUUGAUGAAUGUGCUGAAAAUCCAUGUCAGAACAAUGGAACAUGCCUUGAUCUGAUCAAUGAUUACCAAUGUAACUGUGUUGCAGGAUUCAAUGACACUAAUUGUACAAACAAUAUUGAUGAAUGUGCUGAAAAUCCGUGUCAAAACAAUGGAACGUGUGUGGACCUCAUCAAUGAUUACAAUUGCAGUUGUGAGGCAGGAUUUAAUGGAACAAACUGCGAGGAGAAUAUUGAUGAAUGUUCUGAUAGUCCUUGUCAGAACAAUGGAACGUGUGUGGACCUCAUCAAUGGGUAUGAGUGUAACUGUGUUCCUGGAUUUAAUGAUACAAACUGUACAAACAAUGUGGAUGAGUGCGCUUCAUUGCCCUGUCAGAACAAUGGAACCUGUGUUGAUUUGGUCAAUGAAUACGAAUGUCAGUGUGAUGUUGAAUUCAAUGGUACAGAUUGCUCUACAAAAUCAAAUUUGAUGAAAUAUAAGCUUGUAUUGAAUCUCGACGUAACAACAACAGAGAAUCUGAGCAUAGAAGAAGAUUAUAUCAAAGUAAAGAAUAAAGUUCAAGAAGCGUUAACUGAUGUUUACAGUAAAAGAAUCGUUGGAUCAAAAGUCAUAAUAAAAAGCUUGAGGAAAGGCAGCUUAAUUGUUGACUUUGACCUUGUCAUACCAGACAGUCCAACAUCAAAAGUACUCGUCGUUGAUACCGUGUAUAAGCUUGUGAAUGGUCUGGUAUUUGUCAACUUCUCGGGAGAAGUAGUCAACAUUACCAGUGCUACAAUACAGCAUUCAACAUACGGCGAGGUUAUUAUUACCAACUCAUCUGAUGGAUGUGCUGUUGUGAACUCACAAGGAGCUUGUGAUGCGGGAUAUAGAUGUCAAGAAUUCAUCAAUCAGACAGUGGCUUGCAUGUAA